AUGGUAUUACCAGACUCUUUGAUUGAGGUUGUUGAUGGUCCGGAGGAAGGGGUGGAUGAGGGGGUUGAGGAACAGAGUGAUGCAGUGCACAAGGAUGAUAUCAUGCGUGUGCCAGGUGAGAAGGAAGAAUUUGAUUUUGCACCUGAUCGACUUUCACCUAGACUAGGUUUAGGUCGCAAGGUUGUGGGUGAGAUGACGGAGACAUAUGGUUUUAGUAAGGACGAGGAAUUUUCCAUGAUUUGGGAAUACGGUAUGGAAGAUAAGUUGGUUGGUUAUGUUGGUAAUAAGGAGUUCAUGAAGCAAUUCCCUAAAGGAUCACGUGGAUACCUUAACUCAUUGGCUGUUUUCCCUUAUGCAGCUAACAAGGGUUUCCGUCGUUACCAUGGUCGUGUAGGUGUAUAUCCCAAUGGUACUCAAGCAUGGGUCCCACAGGAAAUGCCUCCGCCUAUCGAUUCUGUUAACAAGACCGCGGCACUCAAGAGGGGCGGUUUUUAUCUCGAUUUAUCGAACGCUCUAGAACUUGAUAGACAACCGAAGGAUCAUCGUUCAAGUGUGUGCAAGACUACUGGUUGGGAUUAUGAAAGUAUGGGUGAUGCAUCAGUAGUCAUUACCUUCUACAACGAACCACUUAGCACACUUUUACGGACAGUACAUAGUGUGCUAAAUAAUACACCUCCACCAUUACUGAGAGAGAUUAUAUUGGUAGAUGAUCAUAGCGCACUUCCGGAGGACCUACCGGGUGAAGACUUAUACGAAUAUAUCAAAUUAUUACCAAAGACCAAAUUAUUAAGAUUACCGGAACGUCGAGGACUUGUAUGGGCAAGAUUAGCGGGUGCUCACGCAGCUCAAGGUAAAGUUUUGGUUGUGCUAGAUUCACAUGUAGAAGUGAAUCCAGGUUGGUUAGAGCCUCAAUUGGAGAGGAUAUCUGAGAGUCCUAAGUCGAUUGUAUUUCCCCAAAUUUUAUCUUUGGAUUCCGAGAAUUUUGAGUAUAAGAAAGAAAGUGGAAUCGGAUGUUGGUUAUCAUGGAAAUGGAAUAUGGUGGAGCAAGCAUCCUUAACUGGUGAACUUAAGGAUGAUGCACCGAUUCCUUCUGCGUCUAUGGCAGGUGGUUUAUUUGCUGUGGAUUUAUCAUGGUUCUGGGAAUUAGGUGGAUAUGAUGAGGACUUUGCUAUGUGGGGUAGUGAGAAUGUUGAGAUGGGUUUUCGAACAUGGAUGUGUGGUGGUAGAUUGGAGUGUACACCAUGCGCACUUACUUAUCAUAUAUAUCGUAAUGGUGGAGUAGGUUAUAGUUCACCUGAUAAAUCUGUUUGGUUGAAUAAGUUAAGAACAGCACGAUUAUGGAUGGAUGAACAUUUUCUCAUCGCCAAGGAAUUCAUUGAUACUAAGGUAUCUAUAGGGAAUGUGGAUAAGAUUCUGGAGCUUAAAGAACGAUUAAAAUGCAAACCAUUUUCUUGGUUCUUAAAAAAUGUGGAUCCUACACAUGAAAUUCAGAGUCUUGAAGACGUACAAAUUCUUGGUGAAAUUCGCACUAUCCAAAAACAUAAAGGAGGAAUUCAAUGUCUUGAUCUACUAGGCAAUAAGGUCGGUGAACCAUUCGGUGUGUUCGGGUGUCAUAAACAAGGUGGUAAUCAACGCUGGCUUAAAGAUCGAAAGGGAAAACAAAUAAUAUCUGCUCUAGAUGAUAGUAGAUGUCUAGGUCGAGAUAAAGAAGGUAAUGCUAAACUUUACUAUUGCUCCGAAGAAAGAUAUUCCGAAAAUUGGAUUUAUAAUAAUAAUACACAACAUUUCGAACACCAUGAUGAAGAUUAUGGUGUUACAUGUCUUGCCAUCGAUAAAGAACCUACUGUUGUUAAGUUCCUUGAGUGUGAUGAUAAUGAUUUAAAUCAACUUUGGGAAUUUGACAUCUGGAUUAAACCAGAAUAUGAACCUUUAGAUUAUUCUGACUCAUACAAAAAACAACAUUUUUCGUUACCUUGA